AUGACUCAAAUGACUAAUUCGUCCUUGCUACCUCCAGCCCCUGCUCAACAGGAUGGCUGUGUGCUGGAUGUCAUUGUGCACGCUAUCGACGCUCACAACAAGGACUUACAGCUAAUUAACGAACAGAUACACAAAAACCCCGAGCUUGCUUUCGAAGAAUUUAUGGCACAUGACAAUAUAACUACGCUGCUUGAGCAACUUGGCUUCGUGGUACGAAAGCACGCAUACGGUCUCGCGACUUCCUUUGUCGCAGAAUAUGGAAAUGGGGGACGCGUUGUGGCCUUUAACGCCGAGUAUGACGCCCUCCCGGGAAUAGGCCACGCAUGCGGUCAUAAUCUCAUUGCGACCUCAUCGAUAGGCGCCUUCAUUGGUGUGGCCGCCGCCUUAAAAGAGUCUAUGCUUCCUGGCAGAGUUCGGCUUAUUGGCACACCGGCGGAGGAAGCUGGUGGUGGAAAGAUCAACCUCAUCGAUGCUGGGGCAUAUAAUGACGUGGAUGCGUGUCUUAUGGUUCAUCCUGCCGCCCACAAACGGUUUCCAGACGGCGUCUCCGGUGUCGCAUACUGCAAGUCUUCUGCAGUUGUCAAAUUUAGAGCCCGCUAUACUGGCAAGCCGGCUCACGCGGCAACAGCCCCCUGGCAAGGCGUUAACGCGCUCGACGCGGUCUGUUUAGCAUACAAUGGCAUUUCAAUGCUAAGGCAACAAAUACAGCCGCACGAGAGAAUUCAUGGUGUGAUUGUGGAAGGCGGAACGAAACCUAAUAUUAUCACGGCCAGUGCUACCCUGGAGUACUAUUGUAGAAGCGCGACUUUGGAAGACGCUGAGGUUCUGAAGGGUAGAGUUAUAAAGUGCUUUGAAGGGGCUGCAAUAGCAACAGGCUGUACUGUUGAAUAUGAAACUCUCGAGACGUACGCCGAUCUCAGGCCAAACAAGACCCUUUGUGCGAACUAUGUAUCUGUGAUGGAAACCCUUGGCUUCCCCGUUCUUAGUUCUGGGGCCGCACAAAGCGGUUCAACUGACAUGGGUAAUGUAACGUAUAUCUGUCCUGGUUUUCAUGGCGGGUUCGCCGUCCCGGCUGAGCCAGGCGCAUUCAACCACACCCCGAGCUUCACCAAGGCAGCUGGAACAAAUCAGGCUUAUGAACUCGCCAUCAACACUGCCAAGGGCCUGGCAGUUGUGGGAUGGAAUGUCUUGUCCGAUGAUAGCUUAGCGGAUAGCAUCAGGAAUGACUUUGAGGAGGAUAAGAAGCUUCGAGAGGCGUCUCGUAAUAUUGGAUGA